AGAGCACCUCUCUGGCGUUGAACAUGUAAGGAGCUCUGACAUGAGAGUGCUUCCCCGCUACAAGGGCAUUUUUCCAUUUAAUGAGGAAUGGAAGUAGAGGCCCUACACAAAACGUUGCGUAAAAAUAAUAUUUCUCAUUGUCAUCCCUUUUAAUGAGAGUUGACAUAAUUACUAGGACCAUUUCUUUUCUAAUUAGCACACUUCCAGCGACGUCAGAGCUAGCGGCCAGGCAAAAAGGAAAUCAGACAGGCAUGCUGAAUGGGAAACAAAAAGAAGUCCGUCCAACAUAAUUAGGUGAGACAAUGCCUCAGACUGUUCCCGGCUGGAGAUGUCGCAGGGGCUCUGGCCGCGCUGGGGAGCGCUCACUCUCCGCAAGUUACACAUCUCCACAGGCCGCUAAUAAGCCCCUAAUUGUCUUUCCGAGUCACACGGACGGAGGCGCACCCCCUGCCUCUCGCACGUACCCAGCUUCACCUCUUGCAAAAUACUGAUUAUUUAUAUAAUUUCCCCGUUCCCAGACAGCGUGUGUGUUUUCCUGUGUGUGCUGGAGAUUCCUGUGACAGGUUGGGUUGGGUGGGGGGAGUGGAAGUACAGCAUGGCCUGAUGGGAAGGAAUGUAAACUGGCGAAGGAGGGCAAGCUACUUAUUUUACACCCACUGCAUCAGGGUUUAUUAUAGUCUCCUGUAGUCUGUUUAAUUGAUCUGCUCUAGUCUAGUGUACAGUGUUUAUUUUCUGUCAAAUUUAACCACUACUGUACCUUGUAACACAAGUUUUAAAUCAUUAUAAGGGUGAAAAGUGAGUAUGUAGCUCAGAUACUGUAGAGCUGACUGGUUGACAUGGCCUAUUGCUGUGUUGGCUGGUUAACACUUGUUGAUAUUGACUGAUGUACAUUGAUCAGUCUACUGAGUGUUGACACAGUAAGUGACCUGGCGUUCACAAUAUGGUGCAAUCACUGGUGGCUGCAUCUCAUGCGAGGCUUCCGGUCCAUUGGAUGCUCCUUGAGAAACGGGUCAUUCCCCAUGGAGGGGUCGUCUAUUCAGAGAGAACAAACUCCUCCAUCCGUCAACAAUACAUCGCCCUGACCUCACCGAGCCUCGCUGCCCCGACAAACGUCAAUUCGAUGUUCCCUCAGGCCUUUAAUUAGCUGUCAAUUAGUGCAAAUUAAUCAACUCCUCGCCUAGUUAAGCAAUCCCGGCAGGCAGCUCCCAAACACGCCAUUGUAGAGGAGCCAUGAGAACUGGAACUAGCAAACUCACUUUGCAUCAGAGGGUCAUCAAGCCCUCGGCAGCGCUUUGGGGAAAGAAAAAAAGAAGACCCUCUUGCAGUGUUUUAGUUUUCCCCUGACUCGGCACAAGAUGUGUGCUGUCAUCAGUACUAGCUCACUGUUUCAACACAGCUAUAGAGUUAGGGGCCCGGGCUUGAUUCAGCACUAUAACAGGCUGAAUCACAAAAUGUGUUGGAUUUACCUGCUGGCAGUCUUGGAGUAGAAAAACGCUGCUUUCAUUCAUAUCUGUACAGUAUAGCGCGACUGCAGAUGUGUGCUGUGGGAGCGUCGGUGAUCCUUCAUUUUGAUUGCAUAGUAUGAAAUAUCAAGCUCAAGCAAUCUACAGGGGUUGGGCUAAUGCAUGAUACAGCCCAUCACAUAGCCCAUUAUCUAGUGACCUUCUUGUGGAUUGAAAGUUAUUUACUUAUUCAUUAUUACAAAUAGACUUCAAGCCUUUCCAAUCAAAACGACUGCAGACUGAAGACUCAACUGGUAUUUAUUCAAAGGGGGAGGUUUUAAUUUGCAACAUUUAGAUGCCUGGUGAAAUGGGAAGUGAUGCAGUUAAACACCCUCUGCUUUGACCUCUAGCCUAUAAAGGUCAAUACUUCUUUUUUUUACCACAGGACAUCAGUUUGUCGAACACACUAGAUAAUCAUGUUUGGAAUGGAAAUGUAAUGUGUUUUAAAGCUAAAGCACACAUUUGUUUAUGUAUUCCACUUUUCAGCCUUAUAUCAUCUUCAGGCCAUCCACUUGAGUUGGGAUCUUGAACUAUAGAAGUGUUUCUCAUACCAUUGUUUGAGGGCAAUCUGGUUUACACAACAUGACAACUCUCCCACUGCAAGAUGGAAACAGAGGAAACAGGGGGAAACAACAGAUAAACACAUUUUUGCAACAGCUGUUUGUUUGCCAUUUAAUCUGCAGCCUUUGGAUGUUGUGGUCUUUGAUGGGAAACCCAAUAUACACGAAUGAGUGAACUAAAACUGCCUUUAAUCUAGAACACUAUUAGACCGUUCGCUCAUCUGUAUGUAAAUCAGGGUGGAGUCAUUUUGAUAUGGAGAUGGGUUAUUAAAAGCCUAGUGAGAGAGAGAGGGUCUCCAGCAACAAUAAACAACAAAGCCUUGAUAGAUUGCAACAGAAGUGGUGGUGGAGUGAGGGCAGGAACCCGCGGUGUAAUUGACAGGUCAUCCUGACUCACGGUUCCAUGUGAAUAGAUGGGUUUAUCUCGACUGGCUGAUGUGUCAUUAGCAUAUUCCGAUAACAUUGAUUUCUUCAUUACCCGUAAUGAAAUUUUGACUUAAUAGCCUCCUAAUUAGUUUCAACUGGUCAUCGAGUAAUUGUGGCGGUAAUAUUUUUCUCCCUCUUAAUCUGUGGCUCAAUUUUUACUGUUUGAUGUAAAAUAUGAUUUUGCUGAACAGAUUCGUUUUAGGUCUGGGCUAUAGUUUACAAUAUUUAUUUUGUUUUAACCUCUGUGUCUCUCACCCUAUCGACUAGAUCAGAUAUGAACGAAAUCUAAAUGGUCUGUAGAUUAACUCAACUACAAAACAGGAUGCCAGAAUUUCCAUUUCACCAGAAGUAUGCAUUCUGGCGCACAAAUUGCAAUAACCUAAUUGCUAGGCCUAUUUAUCUACAUCGAAAGGGUGUUUUCUUCAAAUGUGUAAGAUGUAGUCCUAUAUAGGCUAAUAUCUUAUAUGAACCUCAAUGUAGCCAUGGAUAUGCCGUUAUUAGCAUGACAUAAAACAGAUACAGUCUGUAAUGUCUUGUUUAUAAAUCUGAUAACCCACACCAGGCAUCAACGGGAUUAUCUCUCUGUCAAUAGUCAUGGCUGGACAUCAUACGUAAAUUUCACAUCCACAACAACAAGUUCCCAUAGAAUCCGCAUGUUGUGGAAUAACUAAGUAGACAUACUAAUUGUCCAUUGUGUUUCAUUGGCUGAAACCUUGUCAGUCACGUGACUUUUGAUUUUUACAACUGUUUUUGCCACGCGCAAACGUUGCUUCCUUCCUCUGGCCCGCCUAACUCUCUGCCCGUCCCCUUUAAACCAGGACAUGUAUUCAUCUAUUACCACAUGGUACUUAGAUACGAUCUGAGUUUGCUUUGUCCCCCUCAAAUAGUUUCUGUCCAUUUCCAUAAAUGAUAUGGGUGUAAUUAUCUGUGCAGAUGUCCAAAUUGUGCCACACACAUCUCAAAACUCAUCCAGUCUCUAUGCGUAAAAUGGUUAUAUUAAUUACUUGACCCAUGGAGCUGUUCACAAGUAGGCCAAAUCGUAAAUAUGCUUAUCACACGGGCAUGUAUUUGUGUCCACGCAGUAUUGACAAAAGAAGGCUGCCAUAUGUAAAUAUUUUCCAAAUUGUCGUUUACAUUUGAAAUCAUUAUUCUGGUACUCUACAACUGCCCAAUAGAAUGUGAUUAAACGUGUCGAAAACGAUUUAAUUAUUUAUUCAUUAUAUUCAAAACUAACCAGGUAUAGGCUACUUUGUAAAUUGCACCAAAUGUAGGCCUAAGUGUCCGAUUUAUUUAGCGGAAAAGAUUCCUUAUAUUUAGGAUGAAGAAGUAUAUUGGAAGGAUAAAAGGGUGGCUAUAUCUAAUUCAUUGAUGAACAUUUUAAAUUAUAAGAAAAAUUUUAAUUUAAUUUAUACCAAAUCAAUGUUUUUCAAAUAGGCAAAUUCAAUAAGAAUUAUAGGGAAAAAUUGUCGAAAUAGAUCAUUUUUACAUUAAAAUACAAUAGGCUAUAUGUUCUCUCCAUUAAAAUAUGAAACAUAAACUGACUAUCUAAACUAAGCGACUUGUGCAUAUAGAAAGAUAAGCUGCAAAGCCUCCACACAGAGUUAAAUUGUUUAGGAGUGCAACGGGGAUUAAAAUGUGGAUUGGAUAAAAUCCAUUAGCAAGACAAAUAGGGCCUAAAGAAAAUUAUGUAACACAUUAAACAUCCGAUAAAAUGGUGCAAUGUUUGAUAAUGGUAAUCAUCUUUAUUAAUGUAAAUGCACUUUAUGAACGAGCUUGGCAUGCUCCCCAAAUGACCCCAUGCAUCAAUAACUAUCCUUUUCUAAACGAUUAAAAGUGAUAUAGGCUAGGCCUAAUGUUGUUUUUGUUCGCAUUAAUAAACUUGAGAACGUUGUUUAGUAAAUAGCUUCUAAUAGGCCUACACGUUGGUAGCCCAGAUUCUUUCCUAAUGUUCCAUUUAUUUUACCAUUUAUUUUACGAAAUGUCCAUCUCCAUUAGUCUGUCUUGAAUGCUGCUGUGAGAUCAGUCUGUAGCGAGGCAGAGAUGUGUUUUCACGUCCAGCUGUCGUUAUGGAGAGGCUUUGAUUUCCGUGUGGUGGUUUCCUUGCCUCGGAUCAAUUAUCCGUUCAUGUGUGAGGCAAGGGAUGGACAUAGCGAUCAUAGAAGAUGGAAAUAUCCACUAGAAGAGGCGGCAGUUAGCCUAGUGGUUAGAGCAUUGGGUAACCGAAAGGUUGCUAGAUCGAAUCCCCGAGCUGACAAGGAAAGAAUCUGUCGUUCUGCCCCUGAACAAGGCAGUUAACCCACUGGUCCUAGGCCGUCAUUGUAAAUAAGAAUGUAUUCUUAACUGACCUGCCUAGUUAAAUUAAGGUUAAAAUAAAAGAUGGAAUGAAACAUGCGUUUUAUUUUUAUGAAACUAAACAAUUUUUACGGUAACUAAAUCCAGGCCCGGAUUCAUUCAACCCGCGUCAUAUAGUUUUAAUUAUGCAUGGCAUUAAAAUAUCAAGAUCACGUUUAAAUACCAGAAUCAUUUUUAUAUUCAAUAUACAGUAUAAACGAAUGCACACGCUAGCCUACAAACGAAAAAUAUUUCAAAAGGCCUGUGGCUGCAUUGAUGCAAUUUUUUAAAAAAUAAAUUGGAUGAAUAGCAUGGCUUUAACUCCGUCCACCUGUUUCAUCCUCUUUAUCCGCAGGCGUUUUGGGUUAUCCUCACACUCUGGGUUAUGUGCCCAUAGCCUUAAUAUAUCAGUUCUUAGCGAAUAAACCAUUUCCAAAGGCGCGUAAUGCUUGAUGCGCAGGAAUCCCGAAAAAUCCCUAGUAGUUGAUUGGCUGCUGGGCUCUGACUCUUGUUGGGAUGGACCUGUUUGAUAAAAGAACCAUUUUCAAGAGUCUGGAGUGAUACAUAGUGGAUCGUGCACUGGGGACCGACCUGUGAGCCUCUAAAAAUAGGGAAUAGUAUCGAAGAGACCAUGACAGGUAAACAAGGAGUUGUGCUAUCUGAAACGUUGAAUAUAUCCAAAACGUCCUCUCUCGGUGCUAACGGAGGUAACAGCCUGCACCAACAAUCAAAGAACAGCGCCACGCACCCUCCCAGAUGCACGGGAUUCGGGAUCCAGGAGAUUUUAGGGCUGAAUAAAGACUCUUCGGCAGUCCCGAGGAGCACCCUGCAGUCUCUGCCAUCUGGGGCGCACCUGCUUGCCGCCAGGUCAAUGCUUGGUACGGCUGGUAUCGGAGUUGGGAUGGGAUUAAUCGGGCCUGGAGGGAUUCCGUCGUUCUACAGCCAACCAGCGUUUUUGGAGGUCCUGCAGGACGCGCAGAACGUUCACUUGCAGCCCCACAAUAGAACUGUGGGACCUCUGGACCACAGCCAGUCCGCCAGUUCGGACUCAGAAGAUUUUUCGUCAAACGAACGAAAACUCUCAAAGACCUCAUUAAGCCAGAGCAAGAAAAGGAAGAAAAGACGGCACCGAACCAUAUUCACAUCUUACCAGCUCGAGGAGUUGGAGAAGGCCUUUAACGAAGCCCACUACCCUGAUGUGUAUGCACGGGAGAUGCUGGCUAUGAAAACAGAGCUUCCUGAGGACAGAAUACAGGUCUGGUUUCAGAACCGCAGGGCCAAAUGGAGGAAGAGGGAGAAGUGCUGGGGUCGCAGCAGUGUGAUGGCAGAGUAUGGGCUGUAUGGAGCCAUGGUCCGUCACUCCAUCCCCCUCCCGGAUUCCAUCCUCAAGUCUGCCAAGGAUGGCAUCAUGGACUCCUGUGCCCCAUGGCUGCUUGUUGAAGAUGGCUUUCCAAUCAGCAGACGCUUUUCUAAAUCCGAAUACCCCCAAUUCUUUACAGGGAUGCACAAAAAGUCCAUGGAGACCACGGUCGUCCAGCCAACAGGGAAGUUCGACAUUCCCCAGCAGCCAGCCAUUCAGAGAGGUGAAGAAUGUGACGUGGAGGAGAAGAGGCCGGAGGGCAAGUCACCCAUCUCCAAAGAGGAACUGAGGGAGAACAGCAUCGCAGCACUCAGGGCAAAAGCACAGGAGCACAGUGCAAAGGUGCUCGGGACUGUUACAUGUGAGAGACCAGAGAGCAAAGUGGAGAGACAGGCAGCAGAGGAAAAAUCUAGUGGCCCUUUGAGUCCAAUGGAAGAGCCCAAGAGUCCAUAGACCCUCACUUUGUAAAGACUUUGCGGUUCUCUUGACUGUUCUCUAAACAUCUGUAUGGACUCAACUAGAUCUAUCAGUAUUAUUCAGUGUUCCCUGAGGUUUUUACAUGUUGAACUCAUCCUAGAUCUCUAUUAUGCUGUUUUAAAAUGACCUUAUUUAAACUGGUCUUCCUAUUGGAGAGAUAAGAUAACUGAAUUUGUCUCCUAUUGACUAAGAAAAACACCAAUGCACUUUCUGUCUUUCUUACUCCCCGACAUUCAUACAUAUAUUGUUGCUUAUAUAUUGUUAAAACUUGUUUAAUAUGGGGGUUAACAUUACAUACAUAUGUAUAUUGCUGACAACCCCUAUAACUAGAAGAUACCCACUUUACAAAUGUCUCUCACUGAAUAUUCUUAAACUACUCAUUCAGUAUGCAAAGUGCAUACUUGUGUUUGUUAGAAUGAGCCAAUUAGGACAUUUGUUGAUAUAUAGGUAGCCAAUCUUUGAAAGUAUACUGUAUAUUGAAUUCACAGCAUCCAUAAUAUUGAUGCUGACUGUGUUUCUUGUAUAGUCGCUCCCUGAAGACUCAUAUUCAAGAUUUUUCUUUGGGAUGAUGAUGUAUGAAAGGGAAAACGUUAUUCUCUUAAGAGGAACACAACAAUUAAAAAGUUAUCUUACCUUGUUAUUAUGCUGUAUAUAAUAAAGAUAAAGAUAGCUCACAAAGGCACUGUUAAAACAUACUUUUAUGUGGUCUUUAAAUGAUUGCGUUUUUGUUUCAUAUUCUGAAUAAUAUGCAAUACAGAGUAUAUAUUUUUUUGUUGAUGAGGUCUGCUGUUGCUUUAUUUAGUGUUUUACCUAAACACAAAGCCAAGUGGCCAGGUGGACCUGCAAGAGAGAAGCUGUAGCUCAAUAAUUAUCUACAGUAUAUUCUUCACUAUAUUUGUCUUCUCUUCUGUCCACUACCUGGGCAUACUUAUGCUGUUUCUGUCUUCAGUAAGUAGCAGUAAGUCCUGGACUGCUGUACCAGACAAUGGACGCUCUAAAAACUACCAGAGUUCAAAUCAAGUUUUAUUUGUUACACGCGCCGCAUACAAUGGGUGCAAACUUUGCCGUGAAAUGCUUUUACGAGCCCUUCCUAAAGAUGCAGACUUAAUGCAAAAAAAUGAAUAAAAAUGUGUAACAAAAGAGGAAUAAAAUACACAAAGAUUAAGUUAUAUACAGAACCAUAUGCUCA